UUCGGGAUCCUAUGCCCACGAUUUGAUUUUCCCUCCCUGGAAGAAAUCGACGGGGAUCCAAGGCCAUGGGUCAUCGAAUUCAAUCCCCCAAUUCUUCCUUGCCACCGAAGCCUAUCCUUCCAGCUGGACACUGGACAGGACACGAGAAGAAAAUUGAAGUAGAAAAACGAGAGAAGCCGAUUUCCCGUCUCCUUCCUUCCUUCCGUCGGUUUCCUUCCUCAGCACGCCUCUUCGUCUUCUCCAUUUCAUUUCACACCAACACACACAGAACACACCGCCCCUUCUUCAUCCUCCUACAUAUACACAGCCACCCUUAAAUUUCCACAUAUUCCCCCGUCUCCUCUCUACUUCUCCUUCUGGCCUCCAGCGAUCAUCCACAUAUAAAGAAAGAAAGCCUGCCAUGUCCGCCUCGCCCGAGUUCUACCGCCCCUGGUCCGCCGCGCCGCAGCUCUACUCGCCCCGCGUCCUUCCCGGAGCAACAGCAGCGGCAGACGAAGACGAAUACUACAGCUGCCGGACGCCGACGGGCGCGGGGAUCAGCAGCAGCUACCUCGGUACUGGCACUGGCACCGCCGCCUGCCCGCCGGCGCCGAGGAAGCCGCGCCCGCAGCCCGCCGCGUGCCGGAAGCGCCUCUUCGACGUCGCCGCCGUUAUCAGCGUCCGCUACGACGAGCUCGACCGCAUCUUCCGCCCCGCGCCACCCGCCCCCUCCAAGCAGGGCAAGCUCGCCGAUCCGCCGGUGUCCGGUAGCAGCAGCCGUCGAGCUGCUAAAGCUUAAAUCAAGUGCUACUCCGUGUAAUUGAUAAUCAGUGAUACUGCUUAGCUAAAGACUACUACUUGUGUGGUGUGGAUGCAUUAUAGGUGUAAAAUUACUAAUCAGCUGUAACCCUGCCCACUGUUGCUUACACACACACACGCAGGGCAGCCUCUGUAAUGAUCCAUCCAUCGAUGAGUUAUGAUUAUUGUAAGAUUGUUUAUGUCCGCCUUAAUCUGUUACUCCUACUA